UGUCACUCGCUCGCUCGCUCUGUGUAUAGACGAUGUGCUGAAUGGUAGGCUUUGAGGAGGCGGCGGCGGCGGCGGAGCAGGAUCCAACGGAGGCUGCCAACCUCGGCCGCACAGCUCGGCUUCCCUGCCUCGUGAGGCUCGGAUCCACCCAGGGCUCCCGACCCCGUGUCCCGCCCGGGGCAUGGCCCGGCGCUGCGCCCCCGCGCGCCCCGCCUGCUGAAGCGGCGCCGGAGGGUGGUGCGGAGGCCAAGAGGCCCGGGGAGGCCGGCUGAGGGAGAGGAGUCGAGCUGCUCCAGAACCGAGAAAAGCAGCCCGCGCCCGGCGCCCCGCGCUCCGAGCCCCUUCCCUGCCGCGCUCGCCCGGGCCGCCCGGAGCCCCGAUGAACCCAGAUGGCCGGGGCUCAACCUGGAGUGCACGCCUUGCAACUCAAGCCCGUGUGCGUGUCCGAGAGCCUCAAGAAAGGCAUCAAAUUCGUCAAGUGGGAUGAUGACUCCACUAUUGUGACUCCAAUCAUUUUGAGGACUGACCCUCAGGGAUUUUUCUUUUACUGGACGGAUCAAAAUAAGGAGACAGAGCUGUUGGAUCUCAGCCUUGUCAAGGAUGCCAGGUGUGGGAAACACGCAAAGGCGCCCAAGGACCCCAAAUUACGUGAACUCCUGGACGUGGGCAACAUCGGGCGGCUGGAGCAUCGCAUGAUAACAGUGGUGUAUGGGCCUGACCUGGUCAACAUCUCCCAUUUGAAUCUUGUGGCUUUCCAAGAAGAAGUGGCCAAGGAAUGGACAAAUGAGGUUUUCAGUUUGGCAACAAACCUGCUGGCCCAAAACAUGUCCAGGGAUGCAUUUCUGGAAAAGGCGUAUACUAAACUGAAGCUUCAAGUCACUCCAGAAGGGCGUAUACCUCUUAAAAACAUUUAUCGUUUGUUCUCAGCAGACCGGAAGCGAGUGGAAACUGCCUUGGAGGCUUGCAGUCUUCCAUCUUCAAGGAAUGAUUCAAUACCUCAAGAGGACUUUACUCCGGAAGUGUACAGAGUUUUCCUGAACAACCUUUGCCCUCGACCUGAAAUUGAUAACAUCUUUUCUGAAUUUGGUGCCAAAAGCAAACCGUAUCUUACCGUUGACCAGAUGAUGGAUUUCAUCAACCUCAAGCAGCGAGAUCCACGGCUGAAUGAAAUACUUUACCCACCUCUGAAACAAGAACAGGUCCAAGUGCUGAUCGAGAAGUAUGAACCCAACAGCAGCUUGGCUAAGAAAGGGCAGAUAUCUGUGGACGGAUUUAUGCGUUACCUGAGUGGAGAAGAAAACGGGGUUGUUUCACCUGAGAAACUGGAUUUGAAUGAAGACAUGUCUCAACCCCUUUCUCAUUACUUCAUUAAUUCCUCGCACAACACCUACCUCACAGCUGGCCAGCUGGCUGGAAACUCCUCUGUGGAGAUGUAUCGCCAAGUGCUGCUGUCAGGCUGUCGCUGUGUGGAGCUGGACUGCUGGAAGGGACGGACGGCAGAAGAGGAGCCUGUCAUCACUCACGGGUUCACCAUGACAACUGAAAUCUCCUUCAAGGAAGUGAUAGAGGCAAUUGCAGAAUGUGCAUUUAAGACGUCCCCAUUUCCCAUCCUCCUGUCCUUUGAGAACCACGUGGACUCUCCGAAGCAACAAGCCAAGAUGGCAGAGUACUGCCGGCUCAUCUUCGGGGACGCACUUCUCAUGGAGCCCCUGGAAAAAUACCCGCUGGAAUCCGGAGUUCCUCUUCCAAGCCCUAUGGAUUUAAUGUAUAAAAUUUUGGUAAAAAACAAGAAGAAGUCACACAAGUCAUCGGAAGGAAGUGGCAAAAAGAAGCUCUCUGAGCAAGCGUCCAACACAUACAGCGACUCGUCCAGCGUGUUCGAGCCCUCGUCCCCCGGAGCCGGGGAAGCGGACACAGAGAGUGAUGAUGAUGACGAUGAUGACGACUGUAAGAAGUCUUCCAUGGACGAGGGCACAGCAGGCAGUGAGGCCAUGGCCACGGAGGAAAUGUCCAACCUGGUGAACUACAUCCAGCCAGUGAAGUUUGAGUCAUUUGAAAUUUCUAAAAAAAGAAAUAAGAGUUUUGAAAUGUCUUCCUUCGUGGAAACCAAAGGACUUGAGCAGCUUACAAAAUCUCCGGUGGAAUUCGUGGAAUAUAACAAGAUGCAGCUUAGUCGGAUCUACCCCAAAGGCACGCGCGUGGACUCCUCCAAUUACAUGCCUCAGCUCUUCUGGAACGCGGGCUGUCAGAUGGUGGCUCUCAACUUCCAGACCGUGGACCUGGCUAUGCAGAUCAACAUGGGGAUGUACGAGUACAACGGCAAGAGUGGCUACAGGUUAAAGCCGGAGUUCAUGCGGAGACCGGACAAGCAUUUUGACCCGUUCACCGAGGGCAUCGUGGAUGGCAUCGUGGCCAACACUUUGUCAGUGAAGAUUAUUUCUGGUCAGUUUCUGUCUGAUAAGAAAGUUGGAACUUAUGUGGAAGUGGAUAUGUUUGGUUUGCCGGUGGACACGAGGAGGAAGGCCUUUAAGACCAAGACGUCACAAGGAAACGCUGUAAAUCCUGUCUGGGAAGAAGAACCCAUUGUGUUCAAGAAGGUCGUCCUUCCUUCCCUGGCCUGCCUGAGGAUAGCAGUGUAUGAAGAAGGGGGUAAAUUCAUUGGCCACCGGAUCUUGCCAGUGCAAGCCAUCAGGCCAGGCUAUCACUACAUCUGCCUGAGAAACGAGAGGAACCAGCCCCUCAUGCUGCCCGCCGUCUUCGUCUACAUCGAAGUCAAAGACUACGUGCCAGAUACAUACGCAGAUGUGAUUGAAGCUUUGUCAAACCCCAUCCGCUACGUGAAUCUCAUGGAACAGAGAGCCAAGCAGCUGGCUGCGUUGACCCUAGAAGAUGAAGAAGAGGUGAAGAAAGAGGCUGACCCUGGGGAAGCACCAUCAGAGGCACCAAGUGAAGCCAAGACGACUCCAGCUGAAAAUGGAGUGAAUCACACCUCCUCCCUGGCCCCCAAACCUGCCUCGCAGGCUCUGCACAGCCAGCCAGCUCCAGGCUCUGUGAAGGCACCUGCAAAAACAGAAGAUCUUAUUCAGAGUGUUCUAACAGAAGUGGAAGCGCAAACUAUUGAAGAGCUAAAGCAACAGAAGCCAUUUGUGAAACUCCAAAAGAAGCACUACAAAGAGAUGAAGGACCUGGUGAAGAGACACCACAAGAAGACCACUGACCUCAUCAAAGAACACACUACGAAAUACAACGAAAUUCAGAACGAUUACCUGAGAAGGAGGGCGGCUCUGGAGAAGACCGCCAAAAAGGACAGCAAGAAAAGAUCGGAACCGAGCAGCCCUGAUCAUGGCUCAUCGGCGAUUGAGCAAGACCUCGCUGCCCUGGAUGCAGAAAUGAAUCAAAAGUUAAUAGACUUGAAGGACAAACAGCAGCAGCAACUGCUUAACCUCCGGCAGGAACAGUAUUACAGUGAAAAGUACCAGAAGCGGGAACAUAUUAAACUGCUCAUUCAGAAGUUGACAGAUGUCGCCGAGGAAUGCCAGAACAAUCAGUUAAAGAAGCUCAAAGAAGUCUGCGAGAAAGAGAAGAAGGAAUUGAAGAAGAAAAUGGAUAAGAAGAGGCAGGAGAAGAUAACAGAGGCCAAGUGCAAAGACAGAAGCCAGAUGGAAGAGGAGAAGACGGAGAUGAUUCGAUCCUACAUCCAGGAGGUGGUGCAGUACAUCAAGCGGUUAGAAGAGGCACAGAGUAAGCGACAAGAAAAACUCGUGGAGAAACACAAGGAGAUCCGCCAGCAGAUCCUGGAUGAGAAGCCUAAGCUGCAGACGGAGCUAGAGCAGGAAUACCAAGACAAAUUCAAAAGACUGCCACUGGAAAUUUUGGAAUUUGUACAGGAGGCCAUGAAAGGGAAGCUGAGCGAAGACAGCAAUCACGGCUCUGUCCCUCCUUCGGUGGCCUCAGACCCUGGGAAGGUUAACCACAAGCCUCCACCCAGCGAGGAGACAGAAGGAGACAACCCCGGCAAAGAGUUUGAUACUCCCCUGUGAUCGCUCCUGCCAGACCUUUAGGGUAUGCAUGGCUGCGCAAGCCUCACUGGACUUUUACCACACAGAUCACUGCCCAGGACUAUCUUCCUAGGAGACAUCCCUCAGCCUACCAUCCACACCUAUGGGAGUUCCAGAAGGA